AUGCCACUAGGGGGCAGGAGCACCAAGGCUAACGAAAAGGUCCUGGGAGAAGGCCGCGGAAGCCGGCAGGUAACACAGGCUGUGGCCGUCAGACAGGGUUUGCGCUGGUGCAGGGACCGUCAAGUUCCCAAGCCCAAGCUCUUCCUAUCAGAUGAAUAUACUUUAACACAAAGGAAUGGAGAGCUACGGGUGGAGUUUUGGCAAGUGGAGAGAGAGAAGCUCUUGGCUCUUUCAAAUCACACCAUGACAGAACCCGCUUUGCCUUUAACGGGGAUGAGGCUCUGGAUCUGCUGUGGGGACCCGGUGAAUGUCUGUGAGAAGCAGAAUCACAAGAUGCAUGCCCAGCUCUCUGCUUGGAUCCACUGCACUGGCGAAGUCUUUUCUGACGAAGAAUUGAAAAGAAGAGUGGCUGAGGAGCUGGCAUUGGAGCAAGCCAAGACAGAGUCUGAAAAUCAGAAACGACUCAAGCAGAGCAAAGAAAUGGACCGAGAGAGGGUGCUUGCCAAUGAGCAGUUAACCAGAGCUAUUCUUUGAGAAAGGAUAUCAAGUGAGGAAGAACGAGCCAAGGCAAAGCACCUGGCUAAGCAGCUGGAAGAGAAAGAUCGAGUGAUAAGGAAGCGGGAUGCAUUCUACAAAGAGCAGCUGGCUAGACUGCAGGAGAGGAGCUCAGAAUUCUGCAAAGUCACCACUGAACAAUAUCAGAAAGCAGUUGAGGAGGUGGAAGCAAAGUUCAAGCGGUGUGAGUUUCAUCCUGUCUGUUCUGAUCUGCAAGCCAAAAUUCUUCAGUGUUACCGCCAGAACACCCAGCAGACCCUCAGCUGCUCUGAUCUGGCCAACCAGUACAUGUGUUGUGUCAACCAGGCCAAACAGAGCACGCUCGAGAAGGGAGGAUAAAGUCAACUUUUAGAACAAGCAAAACUCGUCAUCAUUAAUUCCAGAGGCGGAACAUUUUUUUUUC